CGAGUAUCCUACAGCCACACAUAUGUUAUCACCAAUCUCAUGGCACUCAUACUUUCUUCUUCGGUAGCAAUUCCAUGCUCAAAGCCAUCUAACAACCAAAGCAUGCAAUUCAACAGAUCCAACACUUGUAUUCGUAGUGUUUGUAUCAGGUGUGAAUCUUCAUCCGAGUCAGGAUUACCGGAAUCAAGAAGAAGCUCAAAGCUCGAAAUAGGAUCUCCUAUUAUUGUUAUCGAGGCCCCCAAAGUCAUAAAGACUGCGGCUUCAGUUCCAUGCCUCAGAGCUAAUUCUGGCUUAGUCAAGCCUGGUGAUGUUGGAAGGUAAGAAUUGUGUCAAGAAAGCCAAAGGAUGUUUGGGCAGUUCGGCUAGCUAUCGGCACCUAUCUCCUAGACGGGAAGUACUUCAAACCUUUGGAAUUUGAUGAAUGAGCCUGACUUCUUUCCAACACUUGACGCUUUAUUCGGUGCCAAACUGCCAAUAUUUGUUUAGUGCACGUAGUUUCUUCACUUAUUCUAUAAACUCCAGUAGAAAUGAACACUAGUAAAAGAUGAUUUAUGUAAUUUUUUUUCUUGAUUCAAGUAUUACAUAAAGGAUAUUAGUAUAUCCACUUAAUUUUUUUUGUAAUAUUGAAGAGAUGUCACACGUUAUGCCUUGUGUUGUUUUUUUCAUCAAACCUUAUGUCUUGUGGUUGGUAUUAAUUUAUCCAA